AUGAAUAAAUAUGAGAAGAUCAGGGAUAUAGGGAAAGGGAACUACGGGAAUACGAUUCUUGUGCGCGACAAGAAGAAUGACCACUACGUGAUGAAAAUAAUUAACAUAUCUCAGAUGACCCCAAAGGAAAAGAGGCAGUGCUUGAAGGAGGUGGAGCUGCUGUCCAAGCUGAACCACCCCUUCAUCGUGAAGUAUAUCGAAAGCUACAUAGAGGGGGACACGCUGAGAAUCGUCAUGAAGCACUGCAAAGGCGGAGACCUCUACCAUUACAUACAGAACAAGAAGAAGCAAAACACGCCCAUAAAGGAGACGCGCAUCCUCAUAUGGCUGACUCAGAUUUUGACGGCGCUCAAGUUCCUGCACUCGAACCACAUCCUGCACAGGGGUAAGGCGGAUGCGUGGGUGAAGCUAGUGCAACCAGCGCAUAAGAAUAGACUACAGCACGCCCACAAGGGUAUACUUCAGAACGCCUACAAGGGUACACCCCAGAACCCGCACAAGAGCACACUCCGGCACGACCACUUCCCCCCCGUGACAGACAUGAAGUCGCUUAACAUCCUAAUCGACAACGACAAGAGAGUGCGGCUGUGCGACUUCGGUAUUUCGAAGGUCCUCGAAAAUACCAUGGAUUACGCCAACACCCUGAUAGGGACGCCGUACUACUUAAGCCCAGAGUUGUGUAAAGAUAAAAAAUACAGCUGGCCCUCCGAUGUCUGGGCUACAGGAUGUCUCAUUUAUGAGCUGGCCACCUUCCGCACUCCCUUCCACUCCACCAAGGGGAUUCAGCAGCUCUGCUACAACAUCAGAUAUGCCCCUAUCCCAGACCUGCCGAAUAUUUACUCCAAGGAACUGAACAAUAUUUACAAGAGCAUGUUGAUCCGGGAGCCCAACUACCGAGCCACAGUGCAGCAGUUGCUCGUCUCCGACAUUGUCCAGAGACAACUCAAGUUGCUGAUUGAGGAGAAGAUCCGAGAGAAGCAAAACAUGAAGAGACCCCUAAAGGAAAAGCCCGCGGCUGAAAAUGAAGGGUCAGGUGCAAAUGAGCAGGAGGUCAAGACGUUGCUCCUGGACGUGGUCGACGCAUGA